AUGGAUUAUUUGGCUAGAGUGAUAGAAUACAUUGGUGAUCAAGAGGGGUUUAAAUACCAUGCUAGAUGCAAAGAGCUGAAGUUGGCUCAUUUAUGUUUUGAUGAUGAUUUACUCUUAUUUUGUAAUGGAGACUUUAGAUCUAUCUAUACACUUUUGCAAGGGUUUCAGAUGUUUUCUAAUGUCAGUGUGUUGGAGGUUAAUAGAAGUAAAUCUGAGGUGUAUUAUGCUGGGAUGUGUGAAGAGGAAAUUCAGAGAGUCUCUGAUGAUAGUGGGUUUCACAGUGGUAGAAUUUCCUUCAAGUAUUUGGGGGUUCCAAUUGCCACUACUAAGCUGAAGGCUAGCUAG